CUCAAACAUAAAAAAUGGCAACAUAUAUCUCUUUGUUAAGAGUUGUUAUUAUCUUCGUUAUUAGAAUAAUAUUCCAUGAACAUUCCAAAACUUCAAGGUACCUUCAAAGAAAACUUAGCAAUGUUUUUAACUCAUCACCUUCCCAAACAAAGCAUCAAAAAUACCCUUCAUUUUUAGGGUUAGAUGAACAAAUUUCUAAAGAUGAUUAUACUUUGAUCUUCAACAUGGAAGAAACAUUACUUAAAUCAUCAUCUAUGUUCCCUUACUUCAUGCUCGCGUUCGAAGGAGGAAGUCUUUUAAGAGCCUUUCUCCUACUUAUCAUGUACCCUUUUAUUAGCUUGUUUAACAAAGAAAUGGGGUUGAAGAUAAUGGUUAUGAUAAGUUUCUUUGGGGUCAAGAAAGAUGGGUUUAGGGUGGGAAAAUGUGUUUUGCCUAAGUUUUUCCUUGAAGAUGUUGGGUUAGAAGGGUUUGAAAUGGUGAGAAAGUGUAAGAGGAAAUUGGGUUUAAGUGAGUUACCUCAUGUGAUGGUUGAGAGUUUUUUAAGAGAUUAUUUAGAGGUUGAGUAUGUUUUUGGAAAAGAGAUUAAGGUUUUUAAGGGAUAUUAUUUAGGUUUAAUGGAAGAUAAUAUUAGUAAGAAUAAGAUGGAAGUUAAUGAUCUAAAGAACAUUUUGGGAAAGGAUAAUGGAGUGGAUAUUAUGGGUUCCAAUGUUUUUGGAAUUUGUGGCAACAAAUCAUUCUUAAGUCAUUCAUUGUUCUCCUUUUGUAAGCUAAUUUAUUUAACAAGUGAAGAAAUGAGGAGUAAAUGGCAAUCUCUUCCAAGUAAAAACUACCCCAAACCUUUAAUAUUCCAUGAUGGAAGAUUAGCUCUUAGACCAACACCAAUAUCCACUUUGGCCCUAUUUUUGUGGGUACCUUUUGGAAUUUUACUUGCCAUAUUUAGAAUUCUUAUUGCUUUAUGCCUACCCAUUAAUAUAUCAACUCCAAUUCUUAUAUUUAGUGGCUUAAGGCUAUUAACCUCUACAAAAAACCCUAAAGUUUCUUCAACUUUAGACCUAAAAACUUCAUCAAAAGGAAAACUCUAUGCUUGCAACCAUAGAACAUUGUUGGACCCACUUUACCUCUCCUUUGCACUUAAAAAACCACUUACUGCAGUUACUUAUAGCCUAAGUAAAGUAUCAGAAAUCUUAGCACCAAUUAAGACCUUUCGAUUAACACGAAAUCGUGAUCAAGAUGCAAUCAUGAUGAAAAAGCUCUUAAAUCAAGGGAAUCUUGUGGUUUGCCCUGAAGGGACUACAUGUAGGGAGCCAUAUUUGUUAAGGUUUAGUCCUUUAUUUUCUGAGAUGAAUAAAUAUAUAGUUCCUGUUGCAAUGGACUGUCAUGUAACUAUGUUUUAUGGAACCACUGCAAGUGGUCUUAAAUGUUUGGACCCUAUUUUCUUCCUUAUGAACCCUCGACCCAGCUACACCGUCCAAUUGCUUCAAGAAGUUCCUGGGUUAUCCACGUGCCAAGAUAGUAGUCAGUUGAGAUUUGAUGUGGCUAAUCAUGUGCAAAAUGAGAUCGGACAGGCACUUAACUUUAAGUGCACUAACCUUACAAGGGAGGAUAAAUACUUGAUUUUGGCCGGUAACAAUGGAGUUGUGUAAUUAGGUGGAAGGGGCAGCAACAAUCAAAUUCAUCACAUUAUUUGAAGAAUUUAAUUAAUACAUACUCUAACUGAGACAUGACCCAAUUCUCAAAACAAGCAAGUAUUAUACUUGCAAUCUAAUAAAUAAAUACAAAGUUUACUACGAUAAAUUCUUUAAGCUCUAUUGUAUAAAUUAUUUAAGCUCUAUUAAGUAUAGAUAUCCUUGUAAG